AUGUAUAUUGGUGCUCCGGCCAAGGGUGUGAGGGUGGUACUGGCCGAAGGUGUGGGGGUGGUACUGGCCGACCUCUGCUUGUACAUGUACAUUGGUGCUGGCCAGAGAGGUGUGGGGCUGGUACUGGCCGACCACUGCUCGUACAUGUACAUUGGUGCUGGCCAGAGGUGUGGGGCUGGUACUGGCCGACCACCCAAUCUUUCCAUGACUUGCACUUCUAAGAUACUCAAGUCCAGCAGGAUAUUUGACUUAUGCAAGUUGAUCAGUCAUCAUGGUCAAGAACCCAAGUAUCUAAAACAACUCAAGAAUGAUAAGGAAAGUGUAGGUUUCCUGAUGGUAUUGAUGAGAGAGCCGGCCGGUGCAUGUCCAGGCCAUGUACAGGAAAGCAGGCCGACACCUCAGGCAUUCAUAAUAACGCCGGCCGGUGCAUGUCCAGGCCAUGUACAGAAAUGCAGGCCGACACCUCAGGCAUUGAUAACAGAGUCGGCCGGAUCAGGACCAUGUUGUGUACAAGCAGGCAGGCCGACACUUCAGACAUUGAAUAACAGAGUCGGCCUGGAUCAGGACCAAGGGGCGUACAAGCAGGCAGGCCGAUACCUCAGACAUUGA